AUGAGAACAAUUGCCUUAAACUCGGAGCAUUCGUGCAGAGUUCAGUGUUAUCUGGAGAACGCAUGCGUAUCGUACAACUUUGGAAAGAGAGUAGCAGGAGAUGAGGUCUGUGAAUUAAACAAUUCGACAGACAUACAACAUCCGGACGAUUUAAAGCCGAGAGUGAAUUUCAUUUACCGUGGAGCUGAGGUAUACAAGUUUUCUUUAAUUAACAAUUUUUUUUGUACCCAGAAGAGGAUCUCAAUGAGGAUAACCGUUAGCCGUAAAGCGGCCAAAAAGUUUAGCCUUAAAAAAGGCGUAAAUAUUGACAAAUUUAAAUUAAUGUCACUUCAACACAAGGUUUCCUUCAAUGAAAGUAACAGAUACAAAGUCAUGCCAGUCGGACCAUAUAUAAUUUUAUAAGGGGCUAAGUUUCUAAAGAAACUGUGGUGCUGCGUAGGUGGGAGAGUGUAACAGGGUAAUUUAGUAUUAUGCUGCCUUUCCCUACAUCAAGGCAGAUAGGAAAGCCGCAAAACUCUGAAACAAAAACUUAUCUUUCAAAUCGGCACUCUUUAGUUCCCACGGUAUCAACGAGCACUUUUUGAUUCAACUAAUUUCUUCUUGGCCUCUCGUCACCAUAUUCCCACCAAUAGCGUGGCUCCACUUUCUGCAUAUAUAACCCACACACAACCUACAAUUCCUCCAAUCGCUCUAACGAAGGGCUGACGCUCGAAACGUUAGCAAUUUAACUCUUUACGGUAGCCAAUUCACGUUAUCAACUCAGUUGUUAAUACUAAAUUACCCAUAUAUAAUUUUACUGAGUGAAUGUAACACUUGCAUGGAGAUGUCUCUUUAGAGCAGUUCAAUAUUGUAGUUCCUCAUUGUUGCGGACACUGCAAUCAGCGCAUGUCGGAUGAUUCACGCCCUGGCCCAAUUAUGUUGUCAUGUUCUUUGGCAAGACACAUUACUGUUACCAUGCCUCUCUCCACCCAGGGACAUGAAUGAUUAAAAACUACCAGAUCAGCAUAUUCCGAUGAAGAGCUGAAGUUCUUCAUGUCGGUUCAUUCAAGGGAAACUGAGAAAAGCUAUGGCAAUUAUGAGCUUAAGCUAGCAAACCUAAACCGUUUUUCUCCGUAGCAAGACUUACGUUCACAGAUUCUUUUCGUACUCUCCUUUAGGCUCCUGUCUACUUCAGACUGUUUUGAAUUUAAUGAAAAAUUUCUAUUUAUCAUUCCCAGAAUUCAUGUGGAACCACGCCUUGUAAGAAUGGUGGGACAUGUCAAUCCGGGUUUUUACGACACGGAUACCGCUGCCUUUGUACUGCAGGCUUUACUGGGUUAAAAUGCGAAACAGGUAAGAUGUUUGAAAGGAACUGGAUAACGUCAUCUGAAAUCCAAGUUAUCCUCUUCAGCCCAUAACUAUUUUGGCUCAUUUUUGGAUCAGCCUCUCGUUUCGACAUUUUUACAUCUUACUAAAGUAAUAAUUUGUGACUUGUGCGCCUCGAAAUGAAUACUUUUGGUCACUGCAAAAAGACAAACAAACAACUUGCUGCCUUACAUUUGACUGUUAUUACUGUUUCGCUAUAGAUUUAAGUUUGAUACAUGUUGUACAAGUUAUAGUUCGUGAAGUGUUUUUAGUAACUUCUCUAUAAUACCUAUCUUCGAGCAAGUAGGUCAAGGACGUAAGAAAGAGCAGGAAUAGUUCAUAAUUCCAUUGUCAGCUGCGACAAUACAAAAACCAACAACUAGAAAAAAAAAAAAUAAAUAAUAAAUAAAUAAAAAAAAUAUUUCUUGUAGCAAAAGGAAUGAAAUCAUUCUAAAAUCCAUCUCCAGAUAAAUUUUGAUUACCCCCGUUUCUGAAGUCAUUGGGGGUAUCUUGCAAUAACUAAUCCCAUGUAACCAGUUUUUCUUUUCUUAAAGGUCCUUGGACCUUCUAAGGUCCCUUGUCUCGUUUCAAAAUUUCAUACAGCAUUUAUUCCCCAACAAAAUAUUGGAGCGUAAGGUAGCGAAUCAUACUUAGCUAAGCCAAUCACAAUUGGAAUUGCAGAUGUAAACGAUUGCAGCGCUAAUCCUUGUCACAAUGGAGGAUCAUGCCGAGAUCUUGUCAAUGGAUUCAAGUGUGACUGCCCUGGGGGGUACCCUGGAACUCUGUGUGAUAUAGGUUGGUGAUUCUAAGGUUCCUUCUUUAAGAGCGAAGGGCCGAAUAUUUUGAAAUAGUUCUUCAUGUUCGUACGUAAAAGGUCUAAGGUUAGGAUUAGCAGCAGGGCCGAUCCUCUGUACUUAUUUGACCCCUUAACUUGAAUGAGCGGCCGAAAAUAAAGCUUUCGGAAACGUUAAGUGUCCUUUCGACCGUUUUGGCGCUUGCUUUAUGUUACACAUGGGAUCGAGAGUAAAUAGUAUCAGUAUUGUCUAAAUGUAUAUUCAGUUAAAAAAAAAUUGAAGAACUCCUUAUUCGAUGGUUUAACUUAGAGUACGCGCAGAUAUUUUGCGAGUUGUGUAGUAUUCUAUGUAAAAUAGAAUACUGUUCUGCAGUGCAAUACCGUCUAUUACCGUGGCAUAUUUUGUGUGUCCUUAUGAACUUAUUUAAUAAAUUGAUGCAUUAAUUAUAAGUGCACUAACAAAGAUAUUGUUGACUUUAUUGUUAUUGUCCUCUGGCAAAAUUAUUCCCCAGUGCUGUUUACGAGGCGAGUUGUUUAAAUUUUUACACUCCUGAUAUCAUCAGGUGCAUGAAUAUUUCAAAGGAUCUUUAAUGUUCAAGUAUCUCAAAACGUCAUCAGCACAAUUGAGGUUUUGAGUGACUCUGAAUCUGAAGGAAAUAUGAGCCCAUCUUUUUUCAAAUUCCUCCCCCAUAAAAAAGGGGAAAAUGUUGUGGUUGCCGAUGUCCUUACUUCCACCAUCUUCUAUGAGAUAUCAGAACGUUUCGCCUUUGAUAAAGCCACAUGCUUGAAUAUUCCAAUAUAUUUUCAUUUUUAGCUACCUCAGAAUGCAAUCAGUACAAGGUUCUGAAUGAUUCCGAUCGACACAACAAUUUUGGUCGCGGUGACCGAAAAUGUGAUAAAAAUUUGACAGAAGACUGGUACAGAUUCUCGGCGGGAGCUGGAACAAGCAUAGCUACACAAUGCAUUCCAGGUGGCCUACGUUGUGGUACGGACUUGUGUGGUUGGAUUGACGGAGCACACCCAACAGUUGAUGAAGGAGUUGUUUCCAGAAAAGUUUGUUUUAGUGGCUAUGGUAAAUGUUGUUACCACAACAUUAUGAUCAACGUACGGAAUUGCAGCUCUUUCUUUGUAUACAGACUGAAACCGAUCCAAGUUUGUGCCAGCCGGUACUGUGGAAAAAGCUAG